AUGAUGUAUCGUUGGACGUUUUAUCUUUUACUUAUUAUAAUGACAAUUUGUGAUGUUGAUGCAAUUGAUAUUAAUUGUGACUUCAAAGAUGAAAUCUAUUUUGGUAUUCCCGUUCAGUAUUCGUGCAUCGUUGAAAAUAGUUUGAAUAUUACUAAUAAGUGUUUUGAAAUAAAAUCAAUUCAAGGACCACACGAAGAUAACAAAAAUAUCAGCAGUGUCACUGGACUAUCAAUUAUUGAAAAGAAAAUUCAAUAUAUACCUUCAAAUUUAGGCGAAAAGUUCAAUAAUUUGAUCGCAAUUCGGAUUAAAGGCGGAAAAUUGAAAGAAAUCCAUAAAUCUGAUUUAAAGCAGUUCGUUAAAAUAAAAUAUUUAAAUCUGGAUAGAAAUGAUAUUAAAGCUUUAGAAGAAGGAUUGUUUGAAUUUAAUCCAGAACUCAUCUUAGUGUGGUUUGAGAAUAACAAUAUCAAAAGCAUUGGAGAAACGACUUUUAAGAAUUUAAACAAAUUAAAAGAUUUGGAUUUAAAUGGAAAUCAUUGUUUUUCACAGAGAUUUGAAAGUCAUAUGGUUAUAAAUUUAACUCUGAUCAAAGAAGCGUGUUACAUUGCAACUGAAAAGGAUAUUCAGUUAAAAUUAUUUGAAUCACAAUUAGAAACUUUAAGAAAUAAACUAAAGCAAAACCAGAACGAAUUUUUGAACAAUAUUACAACUAACCAGAAAACAAUCUUAACACUCCAAAGUGAACAGCAAACAUCACAAAGAGAAUUGCAAACAUUUAAAAAAAAAUAUGAAAACAAAUUGCAAGCAAGUGAAACACUUCAAGUUGAACUUACGCAUAAAAUUGAAAUUAACAUAGCAAAAAUCUCCAAACUUCAAGUUAAAUUACAAGCAAGUGAGAAACAUCAAGAGGAACUUCAAGAAAUGCUGAAUAAUUCUACGGCAAUUAUUUCAAGAUUCAAUGAAUUAGAAAUUAAAGAUAAAACUCUGAUUGAAUUUUUGAAGAAGUUCUUAUCAAAUCACUUCUGGCCAUUGGCAAUAGGAUUUACAUUAGUUUCAAUUCUUUCCAUUGUAAAUAUCAUACUUGUUUUUAAAUUACCAUGA